AAUACCUGUAAUGUUAUUGUUUUGCUGAUCAGGGCUCCGUGGCUGGUAAGAUAGACGACAUACUACCUAAUGUAUGUCAUCUUUCCUUUCCUCAAAUCACUUUCUUCCCUUUUUCUUAUUUGGCUUUCUCGAUCAGCUGGGAUAGCUUCGAACCAGCUCGAACAGAGAGAACCUAAAGCUCCCUCCCCAAAGGCCCGAAUUUGUACAAUACGCUACCAACUUAGAACAACAAGACAAUAAGACCCCAGCAUUAACAAAAACCAGGGAUCCGCUCCCUAAACCAGAAAAGGGUCCUUUUCCUCCCCCGACGAUUCCCUGCCUCGUCCCACACCCCGAAACAAUACCCGAUUAUGCUAAGGACUAGCUAGUAUUGCCGCUCCAAGACCAUCUAUUUAAACAAGACAAGGAUGGAUACGUCUCAUCAGGCGUACGCGGCGAGCGGCGAACCUGGGAGAACGACAUACGGGUAUCACGAACCAGAGCCAACUAUGACCUUCGAACCUCUGGAGUACUCUUCCGUCCCAUUAAGAUCACUACCACCUAGCCUCACACCGCUCAGUGAUAAAAGUAGAAGCAACAAUAAUACUACAUUGCUAUCGAACAUACGGCACCAACGGCAGCUGUCCGCUCCAAACUUCGAUUUCUCAAACGUGGAGUCGCGGUCCCCUUCUCCUUCCCCUUCUCCUUCCCCUUCCCCUUCCCCUAAACCAGCCCGCCACGCCAGGCACCAAUCUCAAGGAACCAUGCCGCUUACCGGCGACGGACGAGCCGCCGUCCGGCGCUCGGAUACCUCGUCGGCCAGAUACGGCACUUGGCUAAGCCCAACACCGUCCUCCGCUGCAGACGAGGCUGCCAUCUCCAUCUCCCCCAACACGACGCCCAAAUCCAGCCGCAGCAGCAUCGCGACCAUCGACACGACGCCCAAGAACGCGACGACGGCAACAACCAUAACAACAACAGCAGCAGCAGCAGCAACUCCAACGACCCGCUUUAACUUCUUUUCCUCGCUCACCACAAGGCUUACUAGUAAUAACAACGCAGCGCCCCAGAUGACGCCGCAGGAGCUCGACGACGAGAUAUGCAACAUGGACGUGGAAGCGGCGCUGUACCCGGGGACGGGGGCGGGGGCGGGGGACGCGUUCUCGCCGGCGGCGUACAAGAACCUGCAGGCGCGCGCGGUGGGGCUCCUGCGCAAGAUGCAGGACGCGUACCGGCGGCGCGCGGCCGCGGUCGCGGAGCUCGAGGCGGAGCGCGAGGCGCAAGGGGAGGAGCUCGCGGAGACGGAGGUGCGCAUCCGCAGCUUCAGGAGCCAGCUCGAGAGCAUGGCGGCGAAGGCGGCGGAGCAGGAACAAGCCAUGCUGCAGCUCGUCGCGGAGCUGCAGGCCGAGAAAGUCGCGAGGAGGGAGGUGGAAGAGCGGUUGGCUGCUGCUAUUGUUGCGAGAGAAAGAGAAAAAGGAAGAGGAAGAGGAGGAGGGGGGGGAAGGGGAAGGGGAAAUGAGCUUGUGGAAGGACCGAUGAUCACGGAGGACUUGUGCGUGGACGAAGAAGAAGAUAAGCGCAAGAGGUGGCGGAACAGCGACGGCACGAUGAGGUCCGACUUGAGCAUCGACACGUCGGCGGGGACGAGCGUGACGGACGGCGAGAGCGUCGAGGUCGACAGCAUAUUCAGCCGGAGCCGGAGUCCGACUGCCACCGUGACGACGGAGAGCGAGAUCCCGCCGCCGACGACACCCGGACCACAACAACAACAGCCACCGCAAGAACUCCUCGCGAUCCGGUCCCCGCGCGCAUCAAUCCCCAGCCCCAAGCCUAAGCAGCUCUCCGCCUUCCAGAAGCUCGUCAAGGGGAUUUCCGGGGGAAACAGCAGCAGCGGCGGCGGCGACAACGCGGCGGACGGGUGCGGCAAUUGCCGGGGGCAGGACGCGAGCGUGGCGUGGGACACGGUGAGCCUGCUGCGCGACGAGAACAAGAGCCUGAAGCACCGCGUUGCGCAGCUCGAGGUCGUGGUCGAGGGGGCGCUGGACGUUGUGAAUGGGAUUAAGCUGUAAGUAGUAGUAGGAGGAGGAAUAGUCGUAGGAGUAGUGAAUCAGAUAUGUUUGGAGAUGGAAAUUCUUUGUAUGUCAGAAUGCGAGGGAAUAGGAGCAGCAAAAGGGGCUGGGCGAGAUAACUAUAUGUACCCACGUUACCUACCUCCUUCUUACCUACACAUACGUAUAUACAUAUCCGUGUGUAUGUGUAGUGUAGGUA